UGGCCAACAGCAUUGCCGAAUAUUCGGUAUUCGGCCAAAUCAUUAUUCGUGGCAACUCUAAUAAUGAUGUCAAAUGUUCAAUAAAUAGUUAUCUUCUUUACCAAGAGAUAGUGAGUGUGUGGGUGGACAUUACAACGGGAGCACGCAUUAAAGUUCUUCUAAGUCUUAUUACAGAAAAAGAAGUGAUUCAAUAUGUCUCCUUUCAGCAUAGGCAGUACCUUGCUUCCUUUAGCAUUAGCAGUGCUGUUACUAUUUACGACAAUGAUCGAAGUACAUUGUGAUGACGGUACGAAUGAGUUGUCUAUAUUUGAUUUUACGAAUAACGACGACGUCGGAACUUGGACAGAGCAAUCGGACACAGUUCGAGAUGUUGGGAUGUCUAAAGCCAGUCUUGUAUUACAUCAAAAUAUUGGAUUUAGAAGAGCAAUAUUCUUUGCCCUCUUAAAUCCUCAACAGAAUGGAGCUGGUUUCGCUGGAAUGAGAUCUCUGCAAACAUACAAAGACCUCACUGGUUAUUCCAAAUUCCAAAUACAAUGUCGUGGACAAGGACAAUACAAUGGUUAUAAAAUUGUGUUGAGACACAAAGGAUUAAACGAUGAACCUAAUUAUUCGUUUGAACAAUUAUUCGACGCGCCGAAAGACGAGUUCGCAGUGCGUAGUUUACCAUUUUCGGAUUUUCAAGCUUAUUACCGGGGUAAAAAGGUAGUCAAUAACACUGAACCACUCGAUAUCUCCCAAAUAACAAGUAUUGGUAUUCAAAUGUAUGGAGGAGUUUAUAUGCCAGUGAAGCAAAAAGGACCGGCUACUUUAGAGAUCGACUGGAUAAAAGCAGCAGCGUAAGGAAUUAAUACCUAUCCACUAGGUAUUUACACGUGCGUGUCAUGUUCUUGAAAUAAAUAUGAAUUGUAAUAGACUUAUUUACUGAAUUCAUAAAUAGAAUACGUAAAUAAUUCUAA